CUCCCGUUUUCUUCGGCGCCGGAGGACUUCGCAGCCCUUUUCGCUCAGGGCGCGCGGCAAAAGGGGCUGGGGCGCCCGCGGUGCUUCCACGGCGAUCGCGCUCUGCUGCAGCCAGCGGGGCCAGCUGCCGUCACACCGCGCCAUACCGCGCCGGGCACCUAACCUCAAACCUGCCCGUGCCGGUCUCCCGCCAUGACGCUCAAAUCCGGCCGGAACGACAGCGUGAGCAGCAUGCGGACGGCGCUCUCCGAUCUCUACCUCGAGCACCUGCUACAGAAUAAGCCGAAGGCCGAGGCAAACCCGUCCCCGUUGAAUGCUGUUACUGAAGAUAUUUACACCAAUGGCUCAGCCAUGUUGGGCAGCCCGGCCCAUGCAAACGGCCGGGAAGUGCGGAAAAUAAGAUUCAUCCAGUUUGAGAAGGUUGCAGAAGAGCCCAUGGGCAUCACGCUGAAGCUGAAUGAGAAGCAGAGCUGCAUGGUGGCCAGAAUCCUCCACGGAGGCAUGAUUCACAGGCAAGGCUCCCUUCAUGUGGGGGAUGAAAUCCUAGAGAUCAAUGGGAAAAGUGUCACCAACCACUCUGUAGAUCAACUGCAGAAGAUGCUGAAAGAAACCAAGGGAACGGUUUCGCUAAAGGUCAUUCCCAACCAGCAGAGCCGCGUUCCUGCCCUCCAGAUGUUCAUAAGAGCCCAAUUUGACUAUGACCCCAAAAAGGACACCCUGAUCCCUUGCAAGGAAGCUGGCCUGAAGUUCCAAACAGGAGACGUCAUUGAAAUCAUCAACAAAGAUGACAGCAAUUGGUGGCAGGGCCGGGUGAUGGGUUCCUCCAAUGGAUCAGCUGGACUUAUUCCCUCUUUGGAGCUGCAAGAAUGGCGUGUCGCAAGUAUGACUCAAGGCAACCCCGGUCAAGCCCAUAACUGUAGCCCUUUUGGCAAGAAGAAGAAAUGCAAGGACAAGUAUCUGGCCAAGCACAGCUCAAUUUUUGACCAGCUGGAUGUUGUGUCGUACGAAGAGGUUGUAAGACUUCCAGCCUUCAAGCGGAAGACACUGGUGCUAAUAGGGGCCAGUGGGGUUGGUCGAAGCCACAUUAAGAACACCCUGCUCAGCAAGAAUCCUGAGAAGUUUGGAUACCCUCUUCCAUACACCACUCGGCCCCAAAGAAAGAAUGAGGUGGAUGGGAAAGACUACCACUUUGUUACCACAGAGGAGAUGACGAGAGACAUCUCAGCCAAUGAGUUCCUGGAGUUUGGGAGUUAUCAGGGCAACAUGUUCGGCACAAAAUUUGAAUCUGUGCACAAGAUCCACGAACAAGACAAAAUUGCCAUUCUGGACAUUGAGCCACAGACCCUCAAGAUCAUCCGUACUGCCGAGUUCUCACCAUUCAUCGUGUUCAUUGCUCCUACGGACAAGGCUGACCAGUCAGAAGCUUUGCAGCAACUGCAGAAGGAUUCGGAAGCCAUCCGGAGCAGAUACGGCCAUUACUUUGACCUGUCGCUGGUGAACAACGAUGUGGACGAGAGCCUCCAGAAACUCCAAGCGGCCUUUGAGCACGCGUGCAGCUCAUCCCAAUGGGUUCCCGUUUCCUGGGUAUACUGAGCCGCUCUGGAACUAGCAGCUGCUCCCAGGAAGCCCUUCACAGCACAGCAUGUCAAAGACAAGGGCCGCCACCCCCCUCCUCCCUACUUUGUCUGAAGCCACUUCCCCUUUGCCUCUUCCUCAGAGUACCUCUUGCUCUGUAACUGCCGAGGCCAGAGCCCUGUCCUUCUUUUAAAGCCUCUUCCAGCCACAAGCACCUUCAGAAAGGUGGCCUGCAUGGCACUACGUAAGCCCACACACCUGCAGCUCACAGGUAAUGGUGGUGGAGGUAAGGAAAGGCAAGGAAAAGGAACAUCUCACCAGGCAAGACCACCAUGGUGUCACAAGUAACACUAAAAGCACAACUUGGUCUGAAAGCCAGAAGCUGCAAAUGUUAAAUGGGAGGAAAAGAAAGGCCUAUUAAAACCAAACAUAUCAAUUUAGCGCCCCCCCCCCCAAUCCACUGACAAACUGAGGAAGUCUUUGCAUCACUGGUCAGGCGUCUUUGCUGCGUGACAGCUAUACAGCACCCCCCCCCCGGUUGCAUUUUGGAGGCAUCUUACAUUAACUGGACUGUGUAAUGGGGGACAGGGAGAGACAAGAACUGAGCAGUCACCCUCUUGUAGAAGGUUUGGAGAUUGGCUGUUAUGCAAAAGACUAUGGUGGUGAAGAAUCCAAGCUGGGGCCACAGGUUACCAGGUUUUAAGCCAGGGCCAGAUAAAUCCAGGUUGCACUAUGAGCCUUUCAGCUCUUGCAUGCUCUGCUCAGUGAAUGGAGGACCACAGCAUGCGCUGAUAAAGUAGGAAGAAACACUGGGGCCUUUUAAAAGCUAAGAUUUGUUAAAAGAAAAGCCCAGCAAGCAGUCUGCCCAACUGAAGCUUAUCCUUCAAUAAAUGUUAGCCUUUAAUGUAGCUUUGUUCCAGUGGACUAAACCAGCCCCCCUACUAAGUACAAAGAAACACCACCCCAUCUUUGCCUUUACCGAAAUUAUGAAUGUACAGCUUGUUCCACAUCCUCCCCCCCUCAACCACAGGUCUGGAGGGAAUGCAUUGUCCAAUGGUCUAUAUUUCACUUAAGGUGGCUGCUCGUUUUUCAUCUUGGGAAACCAUUCUGAAGUGUACUCUCGCCACAUUCUUCUCAAGGAUGCCAAAAAGAAAAAAAAAAGCCAGAGAUGUGCAAUAGGGACCUUUGGUCAAGUCCAUUACAGGGAAAACAACAAGCAGCAAUAAAGCAUCUCAAAAAUA